CUGUGCGCAUGCCCAUGUUGAGAGAGUGCUGUAAGGAAAAGUGGUAAAAGACAAAGGAAUAAACAAGCCAAGGAUAUAGACAAGAAGCAGAAUCACAAGGAUAUUAACAGUUCAUAUACAGCAGCAAGGCAUGAAGACACGGCAGCAUCUGACUUGAACUUUAGCAGGACCGCUGACUCAAAUUUUGAUCACCACCUCUGGACUGUGCUCCUCCACAACCCCACAGGCUUUCGCUUCCCCCUCCAGUCCGUUUCGGGGUCAACUGAAACUGUCAUGGUGGAGUCAAUGCAAACCACAAACAUGGAAAGAACUGCAUUUCUUUGAAUCCUAAAGUAGCAAGUGCGAACACAGAAUGGAGUUGAACCAAAGAUAAACACUGCUGGCCGUUAACAGCCGCAAGCACAUCAGCUCCAAACCCCCCAACACAGUACAGACUCUCGGUCACCAAGGAGACCAGUCUGUACUUUUUGCCAAGUGACUUCCAUCCCCUCCCCUUGCUUGCCACACUAUCCACAGGCAGCUGAAGAGUUGUAAGAAACAUGGUAGAUUCGGCGUAACUGUGGGGAAAAGAAAUGGGGAGUGCGCCGUGCUCGGGUAAGGGGAGGGGGGUCGGGGGUCUUCAGGAGCUGGGCUGUAUGCCAUGGAAGGUGAGCAAACAGAAAGGGAACGAGGAAGGUGGUGCCGCCAGCCGACCAGAGAGGGAGGAAGGGAAUGGCGAUGGGACCGAGGCGGUUGUUCCCGCUGCCUCGCCACCACCUCCGGCCAUCUACCACGAGAAACAGCGGCGGGAGUUGUGCGCCCUGCAUGCCCUCAACAACGUCUUCCAGGAUGGGGCGGCGUUCACCAGAGACGCACUGCAGGAAAUCUACCAGAGGCUCUCACCCAGUACGUUGGUGACGCCACAUAAGAAGAGCGUGCUGGGAAACGGCAACUAUGAUGUCAACGUCAUCAUGGCCGCCCUGCAGACGCGAGGCUUCGAGGCUGUCUGGUGGGACAAAAGAAGGGAUGUUGGAAGCAUCGCUCUGCCCAACGUUACUGGCUUUAUUCUGAAUGUGCCCUCGAACCUGCGCUGGGGCCCCCUGCAGCUGCCGCUGAAGAGGCAGCACUGGAUCGGGGUGCGAGAGGUUGGAGGAGUCUACUACAACCUGGACUCCAAGCUGCGGAGUCCGCACGCCAUUGGAACAGCUGAUGAUCUCAGGAAGUUCCUCCGCCACCAGCUCCGAGGGAAGAACUGUGAACUGCUGCUGGUGGUGUCGGAGGAGGUGGAGGUGCAUCAGACGUGGAGGUCGGAGGCCUCUUGAAUGUUUUGGCUACACUUAACUUGACGCCGGCGUCAUAUGAAUGACCUAACAAUGUCAUAAUAGUGUCAAAACAGUGCCAUGACAAUGUCAUCAGUGAGUCAUAAUAACGUGAUGUCAAUGUCAAAUGUUUUGUAGUCAUGAAAAGUUGACAUUGUUAGGGCUGGCAUGUUUGACAUUGACAUAAUGUUUAUGACACCUGCAUGACUGCGUUAUGACACUGUUAUGUCAUACGUAUGAUGCCAGCGUCAAGUAAAGUGUUAACAAUGUUUUUUUUUCCUGAAGAUGGCUUUUUAUAUCCCCUGCCUCACCCCACUCCACUCCAGCUGUGGUUCAAAAGCAAGGAGCAAAGAUUUUGAUCCAAUCAAUCAGGGAACUUUUUUUUUUUCUCUCCAAAGCAGUUUGGAGUGACACUUACGGUAACUCCACCAAUCACAGAAGCACACUGGCCAACUGUCCCCCUCCCUCCUCCCCUUUUUCUGUUUACACACGCCCACUGCUGGACUCAGAGCCAAUCAGGUUUGAGCAGUGACGGUUAAUGGACACACAGGGAUUGCAAAUCACAUUAAAGAGAAGAAAACAAAUCACAACACUAUACGUACUGAUUGAUGACAAUUACGUUUGGUGUUUGUAAUUACUGUGUGUUUUUAUAUAUAUUAUACAUAUAUAUUGAGUAUUUUUCAAUGUUACUUUUGUUUCUGUUUUUUUCUAUGGUUUCCCUUUUUUUUGAAAAUGAGAAGUCUUACUGUGUAUGAAACUACCAGUACGUCAUUCUUUUUAUACCUCUGUACCACCUCGAUAUUCCCAUAGCUCGCUCCCUCUCUGUCACACACACACACACAUAUACACAUACACAUACACACACACACACACAUACCCACACUCACAGUCUGUGACACACACACUCUCCCUCUCUCUCUCUCUCUCUGCCUCUCUCUCUGUCUCUCUCUCUCACUCACUCACUUACACUAUGCAUCAGCAUCUUGUUGGUUAUCAUGCUGGUUCCUGUCCCUUGUCCUCCUCCUCCUCCUCUCCUCCUCCCUUCACAGCCUCUUGUGGCACUGCUUGCAGUUACAUUUGUUUGCCUGGCAAACAAUAACCCGACCCCAUCCCUCCCCACACCUGUAAACCAAUGACGAGUAAAUUUUUUCUGAUGUUUUUCUUAAUUAUUAUCAAGCCUUGUUCCAGCUCUUUGGACAAUUGCUUGGAAAGACACACCUGAAAUUGCCUGUGCAAGAGUUUCAUCUUUCCAUAUGAAGUUUCUAAUAGUUACUGAUAAGAAGUAGCUUGUAUAAUGCAGUAAAAUGCAUGACGACACUUUUUCAGUGAAUGUUGCAUUCACGUUUAUGGGAGGUUUCUGUUACAAUCAAGAUUGUCUGUUAUUCUAUUCAAAGCCUCCUUCAAGUGCAUGCGUGCGUAUCGUAUUUUGUUUUUGUUUUUAUUUUUUGGACCCUUGCGACACUACUACUACCGUACUAUGAAUCGAAACUUGACCGCUAAAGUGGUGUCGGCCCUUCGAAAAAAGAAUGCAGAUCUGCAGAUCCUGUUCACUUGCCAAAAAGCAAUGCCAUAUUUUUUCAAGUUAAUGAAUAAGCUUCUGUUUUAAUUUUUUGUUUGUAUUUUGUUUUGUUUUGUGUUUUUUUUGAGGGGGGAUUUGUUUAUUUGGGUGUUUUUUUUACAAAGAAAAAACAUACAUUGUCAAAAUGUUCUUUCAUUCAAUGGGACCGUUCUUGUUGAUCUGUGUUUUGUGACUGAGUGUGAAGUGAGGAAGUAAUCGGGAUGUUUUGUGUUGAAAGUUAAUACUUGUUCUUGAAAGUAUGGUCUAUAAAAGGAUUAUGAGAAGGUGAUUGAAAGCAAUGAUGAGAAGGUGACGAUGAUGGUUGAUGAUUAAUGGUUAAGUUUGCUGUGUUUGGUAUUCAAUGUCCUCUGGAAUUGGCACACAGUGAGUUUUGUAGUGUUAUUUCAACACUCAGAGUCAAAUUUAUAACACCCUAGUGUAAGCCCUACUCUGUAUGUGUUGAGUUAACACUGAAUUUUUUACUAUGCACUGGGUGAAGUCGUAAUGGAACCGUUUGGGCAACAAAUACCGAGUUAAAAGAGAUGACAACACUACUAGAAGAGAUUAAGAAUACUGGUGCAUUUCUCAUUUUCUGGACUCUUGGGUUUUCUCGCUUAAUAUAAUGCAAUAUGUUGUAAUUAUGAGAGCAUUCCACUCUAUGAGGUGGCUAAAAUUCAAGUCCCAAAGAGUCAUGAUUGGACAUCUUAGUUCAAAAUCUCAACAUUCCACACUACACAUACCAUGGUGCUUUGGGAAAAGGGUAGUAUUUUUGUUUGUUUGUUUGUUUAUUUGCCAUGACAAUCUGUCACUGCUGCCCUUUUUUAUUUGGGGCAUCUGGUUCAAAUGUGUUUGUGCGUAUGUUUUUUGUUUGUUUUUAUGGUUUUUUUUGUUUUGUUUUGUUACACAAAUAAAAUGCUUUUAUUGGCACUUUAA